AUGAACUGCUCCGGUUAUACUUUCUGGCCCAAAAGGCCCUGCAUGAACACGAACAUCACGGCUCACAGCCAGAAUGUAGUCAUGCUGGAAAACUGCCAGCUCUUUGCUAGCACCAUGCAGCCCGCCGCCGAUGGAACAUAUUCCCGACGACCUGCCAAGCGGCACUCUGUUGCAUGCCCAUCCCGGCACCUCCAAGUUGAUGAAGGCCUCAACGUGCCGCCAAGUUGCGAGCUUCAUCGCGCCGUAUUUGGAGCACGGGAGAGAUCGCGCACGAAGCGGUCAAUGGGUCCAACCUUUCCAUUGUUCCUGGGAGAAACCAAGAACGAUAUGUGA